AUGUCCGGUACCGCUUAUUGCUUUAGCAAUAUUGAACAAUGCAUGGUCCUAUUUCAUCUGACAAUUGUAUUCAUUAAUUGGUUACCUACAGUUAGUCCAUCGACUGACGUUGUGAAUAUGGAGACGAUAAAUGUGAACUGUUCCGGUUAUUUUCGUUAUGAGGCAGUUGACACCUCUCUGUCGGUCACAGUUGAUCAGCUGGUCAAGGAGUUGUGCUACCCUGGAUAUCGUAUCGUCGUUGUGGCCCUCAAGUAA